GUUUUCGGGAACUGCUGUAAUAUUACAACCUGUGUGAUCGAACUGAAACCUGAGCCGGCACUGCACUGUUUUUGGCUCUCACCCGGCAGUCCGGGCUCUACAUAAGCAGGGAAAGUCGUUCCAACGAUGAUGACUCACAUGUGGCACGACGGGUGACACGUAGAUGGACAGUUCGUGAUUGAGGACUACUUAUGUAUGUAUGCUUAUCAGCGUGGAACGUUCGCUUGUCGUAAGGUUUCCGAUCGUGGGUGACGUGCCUGCCCUUCUGAGCGGCUUCCUGUGAUCAUCAAUGCAGAAGAACAACAUCGACCCCGGAUGGUGUUGGCCUGCGCUCUGGCUCUGGGCUCCUCCUCGCGCAGAGUCCCCUGCUCAUAUGAGCCAGGGGCUUCAGCGGACCUGGAACCCAGCCAACCUGGUGCGAUAGUGACGUUGACAAACGAAAUUGACCGCAGGUUCAUCUGUCCAUCAGACUGUCGCACAGUGCGCAGAACGUGGGGCAGAUGCUUUAUACGCUCACACGCAACAGUAUUAUAAGUAGUAUGCAUACUCGUCUUGGGGAUGUGAGCUAGCCGAACGCCCCCAGCAUUAUGCACGUCGCCACGGCGCUUGUGCUCGUCCUCGCGCGCUUUGCGCUCGCGCAAGGCAGCGACAAAAUCGCGAACAUCACGGUCCCGGACACGAUCCAGACGGCCUUCGGGGGACUCGACCCGGUGGUUUUCACGUACAUCUUCGACGCGGUGCAGGGACACUCGCUGCAAAAUAUCACGUAUGAGCUGAUGGCGGGGAGAUCGGAAGGUGAGAUUGUGAAAACGGGUGGGUUGCGUGUCUGUGAGCUGAGAAAGUGGACAGACAACGGCCAGACGGUGGCUGAUCUGAUCGGCGUGGAAGGCCGACAAACCGGGAAUCAGUUCUCCUACUUCGUGCAUUCCUCCACCCCCGCAGGCCUGUACCACAUCCGCAUGAACGGCACCGUCAGCCCGACCGGCACGAACGUCACAUUCCGGUCCGUGACGACGAACAUCACGCUCGCGGACGAGACCUUCGCGUGCACGACGCCGGGCGCGUACGUGCCGGUGACGGGCCUGGCGGACGCGCGGUACAGCCCCGUGCGGCUCACGCAGCCGGCCGCGGGCGCGGUGUUCACGCAGACCGAUCUGGGCGGGACGCUCGGUCUGAUUGGGAGUGUGUUGACGCUCGUGGAUCUGCUGUUUGAUCUGCGCGACAUGGUCAAUCCGACACUCGAGGCCGUGAACGUCGACACGGGCUUCGCGACGCCCGCGCAGGCUGUCAACCACGGCAUCAUCAUCGAUCCCAGCAUCGUGCCGUACGCGACGAAAAACGUGACAGUGCUCCCGGGGACGUGGAAGCUCCGGCUCAACUUUACUGCCACGGGACCCGCAAGCACGGGCUCGUUCAGCACGCUCUCGGACGAGUUUUUCGUCGCGCAGCAGGCGCCGUGUGUCGGCCUCAGCGGCAGUGCGGGGUCGGCAGCGUCAUCGAGUGCUUCUAGCGGGGCGACAGCGGCAGCGACUCAGACGUCGGCGUCGACGACUGGGAGUGGGGCGCAGACGGCAGGAGGAAGCACCGUUUUGACGACGACGUCCACAGCGCCUACAACGACGUCGUCGAAGGCUUCGGCUGCGUGGCGGGUACAGUCGAUGUCGUGGUGGUUGGGCCUUGUCGGGUUUGUGUUGACGACUCUAGUUCCGGCGCCUUGAGGUAUAAUUGAGCGCGCGGUCAUUCGAGAAACUUUCCCCUAUUAUGCACACAUAGCUGUCUUCGAAUGGAUUAUUCAUCGGUUAAUCUGCGUGAUUGUGAGAUAGUUUGACCGUAGCAUUGGCUGUUCGGCCCAUCUAGUGUGUGUUGCAGAGCACACCAUACUUGGCUGAAGCGACAGCAAAAGCACACGUGACUCGCAAGUUCCUCGGUACCGGUCAUCAGCUUCCCUGAUCACGCGCGCUGCUUCCUUACCCAGAAAGUAGUCUGAACCUCCAUGGCUCUGGCGCCUCUGUAUCGGUUCUAUAUCCCAUGCUGACAGCCAUCUACUCAGCACCGCACCAGCCCAGACGUGGCCCGUCCGCACAGGACCCGCACCUGGCAGUCCACUACAUACGUCGUCUUGAUUGUUGAAUCUACUUUUAUCGGCGGGAUGCGCGAGAACUUGGAUGGACGUCCUUCAUCUGUCCCAUCCCUGCUCUUUGUCAACCGCUGACAGGGACCCUGAUUUGCACGCGGUGCGCUGGUCUCGCUUAUUGCUCUUUCUUCGCGCUCGUCCUCCGUUGUCUGCCCGAACCGUCGAACGACCGCACGCUCGGCGUCGCUUAUUGGAGGGGCGGGAACACUUCGUAUACGAGUACGCUUGCACGUGAUUUUGCGCGGAGGACAAGAAAGGAAGGGCGCGCGCGGGGGAUCACUUCUGAGAUCGUCAUCGUAUCUCCACUUGACCCAGUUAGUUCCCCCAUGACGCAACUCACGCCCGAGGAAGCUGCGACCCUGCACGGGCUCGGGCUCGACUGGAUCCAGAUAUUCGUGUCGAUUAUGAACGAGACGGUGUGGAUAACGAUCUAUACGAUCAUCGUCUUCCAGGCCUGCGUGCUCCUCCUCGACAAGUCCCGGCGCAGCUCAUGGACCUCCCGGUUCUAUCUGCUCGGCAUCCUCAUUCUGUACUUCGGCGCAAUCGUGCAGUGGGUGCUCGACAUGGUCGGAUUCAUCAGCGAGGCCAAGCUCUCGCUCGUGCUCCACCCCGACGGCGAUAUCGGCGAGAAUUUCGGCGAGGCGCUCAAGGUGGUGCUGAAGGUCGCGGCCGUGCAGGACGCUAUCUUCGCGUAUCUGACCCUGCUGGGGGACGCGAUCAUCAUUCACCGGGUGUGGAAGCUCAGAGCCUACCGCUAUGUCUGGAUCUUCCUCGUUCUCAUCGGAGCGUGGAUCGGCUCUGCAGUCGGGACGUUCAUGCUGACGUACUGUGUCGCGGUCGUCGGCUCCGACAUCGUUCUCGGCACGUUCCAGAACCCGGCCCUGUGCAGGAACGCACAGACGGUGACGUACGUGCUGCCGUGUGCGACCACGGCGAUUGCCACCGUGCUCAUCGCCCUCACCGCGUGGCGGUACGCGCAUGCGACGCAGCUGCUGACUUCGUCCCGGCGCACGAGCGCGCGGAAUCCCGUCGCUGAGAUCCUGCUGUUGCUGGUCGAGUCCGGCCUGGUGUACCUGUUCUUCUUCGUUGCGCUUGUGAUCGAGGUCGCUCCGAUCCCGCACGCGUGGAUCGACGCGAGCCCGUUCCUCUCGCUCGCAUUCAAGAUCUACACGUACUGCUCCAGCGUCAUCAUCGGCAUAUACCCCACCAGCCUCGUCGUCCUCUCGCACUCCAAGUACGCCGUGCUCGACAGCGGCCCCGCGACGGAUAUCAUCUCGACGUUCCACAUCCGCGCCGUCAACGCCGCCGGCAUCACCUCCACCACGAUCGGCGCGACGUCCUCCGGCGGCGUCACCAGCCUCGCGGACCGCGAGACCAAGUUCGACGAGGAGGGGAACGGGCUUGAGCUGCGGCUCCGGAGUAACGGCCAUGUGUCGCGCAGUGCGGAGAAGGUCAAUGUGGGGCUUGGGGAUGGGGAUGUGUGAGGUGUGAGCUGUGUGUGCGGUCCGGCUGUGUAUGUAUGUUAGGUAUUUAUUUAUUGGGUUAUUUGACUGUGUAAAUCUUCGAGCGCCGAUAUAUAUUAUGGAUGCAUGAAUGCAGGUGCGGGACAGCGGGGCCCUGUCUACUGUACGUAUACUUAUCAGCCUGUGAUGUAUGCUAGAGAAAAACGACAAACACCGGCAGUGAAAUCGAAAUACAUCCAGGGCCCAUCGUAUCGUGCAAUAGCUUAGGGGGGCGGGCCUUGAGCUGGAGAAUAGCUCCGAUGGAUUUGAUGCCUAGGCCGUACGAAGCUAGAAUGCCGGAUACCAUGUGCACACACAUGCCCCGCAACGCAAUGCGCGAUUUCAAUUCUGCAUGCAGCAGUUUCCUUGUACUUACGUAUC